AUGAGCACGAUACUCCACGGCGGCCACGGCGACUUCGGGGCCUGCACCACCCGCCAUGGCGACAAAGCCGCGACGACGCACACCGAGACGAUAGCAGCGAGCCACGCCGCCGCACCAGGAGCCGCCCUCAGCCUGUUCGAGUCCAUCAUCACCUCGUACCCGCCCGUCCUGGAGUCGCUCCUCGCCCAGAUCUCCACCGUUACCCUCCUCGAACUCUACCACACAUCACGGCACUUGCGCCACUUCCUGCAGCAGUACCCCCUCGCAUGGAAGACGCUCUCCUUCCGCCUGCCCCAGCCCGCCGUCGCAGUGGGCUCGCCCGGCAACGAGACGCCUGAGAACCGGGAACGCCAGUCCAAGGCCUACUCGCUGAACGCCCUCCUCAUACAGACCAUACUGCCAAACGGGUCACGAUUGACCAGUCUGGACCUCUGCAACACGGCCGUGGCUGGCGUCUCGCUCAUUGGCGACGUAGUUGGCCCGCGCAAGGACACCCUCCAGCAUCUGUCGGUACGCGGCUGCAAGAACGUCUCCAUCAAGUACCACAUCGUGCCCUUCCUCGAGCCAUACACGCUGAAGGACGCACCCUGGAUAAAGAAGGACCUCGCUCUGAAGAGCCUAUACACCUACCGCUGUCGACACCACCGCCGGCGGCCCUAUCUGCCCUCCUCCCUCAUCCGGCGAGACUCCGAUUCCGACCCUACCCACCAGCUCAUCGAGAUAUGCCAUCAGUUGGGGAUAUGGACAGAUACAGCGUGGUGUCCGACACCGGGCGGCAGGUGCAACCGGAGGAAGGACUACCACGCCGGAAGAGCAGGACCCCAGAACAUGGAAGUCUGGGUACCCUUUGACCGGUUAUGGCGAUCGAGCAACCGCAUUGGCCCGGUGGAAGGCACGACAAAGCUGGGCGAACACGAUGGCAGAUUAUGGGAGAUUGCCGAGACAGGAGAAGAUGGCGAGCCACUCGGCCCCGAAGACGGGAACUCCGCCGGAGAAGGCAAACAUGUCCCGGUGCACGAGCGGAGGAGCCACACUGCCUUUGUUGAAGAGGUCAAAUGCGCGCAAUGCAAUGAUCCUAUCCUGGAGCGAUGCGAGUCGUGCAGUGUCCGCAUGCACUGCAUGGGCUGCAGGAAGACGCUCUGUGCGAGCUGUGCCUUCAACAGGCCAAUACCGAGGAAACGAGUCAAGACACGGCACUUCGCAAACCUGGCUUUUGGCAACAGCAGCACAUUAGGCGGCACACUCGGACACGCGUCAGGGUCUUCUGGACCACUGGAAGACCGGAGUCAAGAGGAAAAGGCCGACCAAAACCGCUUCUGGUGGGCCCCGGGCGCGAGCCGAUCACCGAACCUCAUGAACGAGGGUGCACAGGAUGAUGACGACUCUGAUUCCGAAGACGGGAACAACGGUAUGCCUGUACCACCUGCGAACCGCGAGCCACCAAAACUGAACAUGCAUUGGUGCUGUCUUGAGCCCAUCUUCUCUGGUGGUGGCGGUAUUGCUGUUCUGGGUACUGGACUGGGCGGCCGAGGAGCGGAUAAGAUACGCGCAGCGCCUUUACCUCGCACGAAGGAGUAUGAGGAUCCGGACUUUAGCAACACACUUCGACCCGUGGACUACGUCCGGGAGUUGAAGAACAACGGCCUGUACGAAUAUGUGCUUGGGGAAGAUGUCGAUAUCCUGUCGUACCUGAAGCAGGAUUCGCUUGAUCUGCAACAACAAACAUGUCCAAGAGGGCUAUGUAACGACUGUUAUCGAAGCUUCCGGUGGAAAGUGUCAUGUCGGGCUUGCAAGAAUCCAAUAUGCAAGGAGCAUGAUUUCAGGGCGCUCAAGGUCCGCAAGUGUGGCUAUCGGGACCUACAUACGGAGCGGGACCAUGUGAGGUCACACAACGAGCCGCCACAACGCCUCGUCAUACCCGAGUUCAACCCAAAUAGGGCCAGUACACCGGAUCCUGAACGCACACCCACAGCAUCGUCAUCGCAUCUAGACUUCUACUCCACAGGUGACAAUGAGUCUGAAUCCUCCGAGACACCCAUGUCUCAAUCGCAGAUCAUGGUUGCUCCCCAACACUCGUCAAUCGAUAUGUCGACCACCACAUCCUUCAAUUCCAUUUCCAACCCCGAGCCUUUCCAACUUGCCACCUCGCUAUCGUUUGUUCCCAUCAGCUCUGGGCGUCCGCGCUCCUUCAGUGUGUCCGGCGUUCGCGGUCGACCCACCAGUGCUUGGCCGCCGAAUUCGCAACGCGUUCCCAUCAAUCACCCUGUCACAAAUCCUCUUCCCCUACCGUGCAAUCCGCGGCACCCCGUUCAGUGGAGUGGUUGUGGUGCAUACUUUUGCCAGUACCCGAGACCUGCAGGAGAUGUCCGGCCACAGUGUCCAGCAAUUCUCAAGGAGUGCUCGGAGUGUGCGGUUCUUGUUUGCGAUCAAUGCGCAUCAUCGAAUCCAACUUGCACUUGCACAUUCUGCACUGUCAACUACCACUGCCCGACAUGCACACACAAACCCAACGUUCGCGCCAAAUGCCGGCUUGAGGCGGAGAUCAAACAAAAGAAAGAAGAGCAACUUCGUGCCAUCGCCAAGCAGAGGAAAGACAAGGAAGAGCGCGGGCAAGCAGAUGAGCUGGCUGGACAGAUGUUUGAGUUCUUCACAACAGUCUAUGAUGAGAGCACUGUCAACCCGACCAUGGAUGGCCCCUCAUCAUAUGCACACGAGCUACCCAUCCCGAGCCCGGACUCUAUCACCGUGACAACAGAAUUCGGUGUCAUGGAGGAACCCGCAAACCUGACCACCAUCAGUGCGUCGGGGCCUUCGCCGUACCACGCUGCCUACGACCAUUCUGACGAUGAAGAGAACAACGUCGAGAUGACUGAAGACGUGAACGAGGAGGUCGAAGCACUUCAACAGGGACUGGCACAAAUGCACCUCACCCCCGUGCCCGGCAUGAGCGCUCAUAUACUGCAUCUACCGGUAGACGUCGAGGCUGAACACGUUCAGCAUGACAACGAGGAGGAACAGACCGAGGAAGUCAACGAUACCGGUGCAGAGGCGGAUAUAGACACCGAUGAACUUGACGCAGGUGCCGAAAGCACCUUUGUCGACGAAUCCGGAGACGAUACUCUAGGCGGCGGUAUUCUCACGCCUACAACUACACUCACAGCAUGA